CAAUUUCAAAUAAAAUAUGGAGAGAAUGUAUUCCCUAAAAUGGAGUCCGCAUAAAAAGAUAAGCGAAAACUAAAGUCAGAAACGAGAGAGAGGGACUUAGCCUAAUCGUUUUCUCUCGCUCGCUCCAAUGGAGUCCGCAUUGCCCUUAUCAGGGACGACGAUAGCGCUCUUCACGGUCUCCAAAGCCCUAAGCCGCCACCGCCUCUGUACGGCUCCUCUGACUCAACUCCUAACUCGCCGACUCAGAUGCACUAGCGCUUUCGCUUUCUCCUCAACUCCGAGGAGUCUGUGCGCCGCGGCGGCUGUUCCUCCUGUUCGACGCCGUCUGCAGUGCGUGUCGAGCUCCGCUGCUUCGUUCGGUUCCGGCGGUGGUGGGUUCGGUGGAGAGAGCGGAGGCGGAGGUGGCGGUGGUGAGAAUGGAUCGGACGGUGGGAAUGCGAAGGGGAAUUUGGUCGCCGGAGGGCCUGAGGAGGCCUCGGCGCUCUCGCCUGAUGUGAUAAUGCUCGAUGUUGGAGGAAUGACAUGUGGAGGAUGCGCAGCUAGUGUUAAAAGAAUUCUAGAGAGUCAACCACAAGUGUCUUCUGCUAGUGUGAAUCUGACGACAGAGACAGCUAUUGUAUGGCCUGUAUCUGAAGCCAAGGGUACACCGAACUGGCAAAGACAGUUAGGAGAGGCGCUAGCAAAGCAUUUGACUAGCUGUGGUUUUAAGUCCAACCUUCGAGAUUCAGGAAGAGACAAUUUCUUCAAAGUAUUUGAAAAGAAAAUGGAAGAAAAGCGUAAUCGCUUAAAAGAAAGUGGUCGUGAGCUUGCUGUUUCCUGGGCUUUAUGUGCUGUCUGCCUCUUUGGCCAUCUCUCUCAUUUUUUUGGAGCUAAGGCUUCAUGGAUACAUGCAUUUCAUUCCACUGGAUUCCAUCUCUCCUUGUCUUUAUUUACGUUGCUUGGUCCUGGGCGUCAACUUAUCCUCGAUGGUAUUAAAAGCCUUUUCAAAGGGGCUCCAAACAUGAACACAUUAGUUGGUCUUGGGGCUUUAUCAUCAUUUACAGUCAGUUCGUUAGCUUCCUUAAUACCUAAACUGGGUUGGAAGGCUUUCUUUGAAGAACCGAUUAUGUUGAUAGCAUUUGUCUUGUUAGGAAGGAAUCUUGAGCAGAGAGCCAAAAUUAAAGCAACCAGUGAUAUGACUGGACUUCUCAGUAUUUUACCAUCAAAAGCUCGUCUUCUGGUCAAUGGUGAUGCAGACGGGUUGGGCUCAACCAUUGAAGUUCCUUGUAGCAGUCUCUCUGUUGGAGACCAAAUUGUUGUGCUUCCUGGAGAUCGUGUUCCAGCAGAUGGAGUAGUCAGAGCUGGUAGAAGUACCAUUGACGAGUCUAGCUUCACAGGGGAGCCACUGCCAGUGACCAAAUUACCUGGGAGUGAAGUUGCAGCUGGAAGCAUAAAUCUUAAUGGAACUCUUACAGUUGAAGUGCGGAGACCAGGUGGUGUGACUGCUAUGGGAGACAUUGUUCGUUUGGUAGAAGAAGCACAAAGUAGGGAAGCUCCUGUACAGCGGUUGGCUGACAAGGUAGUUGCUUGCCCUUGUGCACUAGGCUUAGCCACACCAACUGCUGUGCUGGUUGGAACAUCAUUAGGGGCAACAAGAGGAAUGCUCUGGCGCGGUGGUAAUAUCUUAGAGAAGUUUUCAACGGUGGACACUAUUGUAUUUGACAAAACAGGGACCCUUACAAUUGGCAGACCUGUUGUGACAAAGGUUGUGACUCCUGGACGUGUUGGAAGCACAGAUUCAAAUGAAAAUUCCCAUCAUACCUGGUCCGAAGUUGAGGUUCUGAAGUUAGCUGCUGGAGUAGAGUCAAAUACAGUUCAUCCAGUUGGGAAAGCAAUUGUGGAAGCUGCUCGGGCUUUUAAUGGUCAGAAUGCAAAGGUGGUGGAUGGAACAUUCAUGGAAGAACCUGGGUCUGGUACAGUAGCCAUUAUUGGGAACAAAAAGGUCUCUGUUGGCACGUUGGACUGGGUUCGAAGGCAAGGAGCUAAUGAGAAUCCAUUUCAAGAAGUGGAGGAGCCUAAGAAUCAGUCCUACGUAUUUGUUGGAGUAGAUAACUCUCUGGUUGGUCUUAUUUAUUUUGAGGAUCAAAUCAGGGAAGAUGCUGGAUUCGUGGUUGAAUCUUUGUCUAGGCAGGGAAUUAACACAUACAUGCUGUCUGGGGACAAGAGAAGUACUGCCGAAUAUGUUGCAUCUGUUAUUGGUAUUCCAAAAGAAAAGGUAGUAUCUGGAGUUAAACCAGAUGAAAAGAAGAAGUUCAUAACCGAACUUCAGAAGGGUCAGAACAUUGUAGCCAUGGUUGGUGAUGGAAUUAAUGAUGCUGCUGCCUUGGCUUCAUCAGAUAUUGGAAUUGCCAUGGGUGGGGGUGUCGGAGCUGCUAGCGAGGUGUCUUCUAUUGUGCUGAUGGGCAAUAGGCUCUCGCAGUUGCUCGAUGCUUUGGAGCUCAGCAGGCUAACCAUGAAGACCGUCAAGCAAAAUCUCUGGUGGGCUUUUGCCUACAAUAUUGUUGGAAUUCCAAUUGCUGCCGGGAUGUUGCUGCCAUUAACUGGGACCAUGUUGACUCCAUCAAUUGCUGGAGCCCUCAUGGGCUUGAGUUCUAUUGGGGUGAUGACCAAUUCAUUGCUUUUGAGAUACAAAUUUUCCUCAAAACAAAAACAGGUGUAUGGUUCAUAUGCAAAUGCCAAGAUUCAUUCGGAGUCUGAUCUUCUUGCGGGCCAGAAAGAGAAAAUGGAGCAGAAUGAUUCUGAUUCUAGGGGAGAGAGACGAUAAACAGAAGAAUAUUGCAGCAUAGCAAGGGAGAGAGAGAGAGAGAUUCUUUGAAAUGAGCAUUUGCAUAGGAAAGGUUAAGAUGGAAGAAAUGAGCAUUUGCAAGAGAUCCCUUUGUGGAAGAAUGAAAGGGGUAACCUCAUUGCUUCUUUCAAUACAAAUUUCAAUGUCCAAGAGCAUUGAAAUUGUUUGAUAGAUGAUGAUAUUGAGUUAGAAGUAAUAAGGGCUUGUUGCUUUUUGACUUUUGACCCAACUCAAUUAUCCUGGCUGAUUGAUGCCUAAUAAUGUGCUUUCGAUGCCUUCGAGGGUUUUCAUAUAUACAUGGUCCUCUAACGGUGAUUAUUGAAAAAAAAAAAUUAGUUAUGUUAUUAUUGAAAUUGUUGACCUGUGACUGUCCGGCUGUAUGCAACUUAAAAAGCAUUGUAGCCAACAGUAGAUAACAAAAAGGACAACUUUAGAGUGUUUCCAAUUUAUCUGCUUGGCAUAAUGGGGUAACUUUUCCAUUCCUUUUUUUCCUUUGAGAAUCAAGUUCUUUUUCUGUUA